AUGAGUUUUCUCGAUUCCGUUCUUUCGUCCAUCGAGACGGGUAAACCGUCUCCAAUCCCCCCCACCUCUGCCUCACCGUCGCCUCCUGUAACCUCUUCAAAUGUCAAGACCGAGGUCCGCAAACCGGUCAGCGUCCCUCGAGAUGGCGCUUCAGAGCGUAAACCUCUGGUUUCUGGAAUCAAGCGAAAGGCCGAGGAGCAGCUAGCUCGUCCUGCAAAAUCUGUUACCCCAGCACCUACCAGGGCAGCAGCAGCAACAACAACAUCAUCAUCAACGACCAAUACCACUACCACGGCGAAGACUACCGUAUCUACAGCUCCUAGACCUCGUCCAAGCGCGCCUUCUACGACAGCAACGUCUGCAGUCAAGAGCCGCUCUUCAACCCCUCAGCAGAAGGCGCCUCCAGUGUCAUCGAAGCCUCCCCCUAAAGGCUCUUUCGCGGAUCUCAUGGCCAAGGCCAAAGCAUUACAAGAGAAGGCGCCGACUCAAGUUGGCAUGUUCAAACAUCAAUCUGCCCCCAAGGAGAAGCUUAGCAAAGUCGAACGCAAGAAGAAGGCAGUGGAGGCGCAGACCAAGGAUAAAGAUGUGCGGUCGGCCAAGAAGGCAGGCGUUACUGCUGGUGGAGCUGCAGGCACGAAAGCCGGUGACGGCAAAGUCGUCAAGAAGCGGGAACCUGAGCCAUUAUCCUACAAAGGGACCGCCAGACCGACCCCGUCUACAGGCCAGCCCGAGUACCGAGGAACCGCCGGUCUGCCUCCACGCAAAACACCUGGUGACCGGAAAGCACAGUCGCGAUCCAGGCCUCGUAUGGAUGAGUACCUCGGUACUGAUGAGGAAGACGAGGGCGAGUAUGCCGAUGACUACGAUGAUUACUAUUCAGAAUCUUCCGAUAUGGAGGCGGGCUUGUACGAUGUGGAGGAAGAGGAAGCUGCUGCACUGGCGGCCGCCCGACGGGAAGACGAGGAGGAAUGGCGCGCGGAGCUUGCCGCCAAGCAGCAGAAAUUGGAGCGUCGCAAGAAGCUCGCUUCACUGGCAUCGCGACGAUAA